AUGACGUUCUUUUCUUUGCAGGUUUUAAAAGCCAACAAGGAACGCCAGCUCCUCUCUCGUCUUCAAAAACGCGAAAUAGGUUUGGCAACGAUGCUUCUCCGCGUCGUUGUUGUCUUCUUCAUCUGCAACUUGUUGCCUCUAGUCAUCAACAUCAUAGAAACCUUCGAGCUGGACCCGGACAUAGACCUCGGCAUGAUGAUCUACACCAGCAACCUGCUGGUCACCAUCAACUCAAGCGUGAACUUCAUCAUUUACGUGAUUUUCGGCGAGAAAUUCAAGAGACUGUUUUUGGAGUUGUUCUGCAAUAACUCGCUAUUUAACAGUUGA